UUUUUUUUUACAUUUUUUAAAUAUCUUGUAAGAAAUCAAAAUGCGGAUAUGCGGCCUUGUAAUGGCUCUCUGCAUAUUCAAAUGUCAUUCACUUCCUAUAUUAGAUAUAGAACUUGCAAGAUUUUUUUCAUUAAAUAAAGAUUUUUUUAUUGUUCGAUAUAUGGAUAUACCAACAAAUUUUGAAACAACAUUUUUGGAUUGCUCAGUACCUGGAGCUGAAACUUACGAUUGGGAAAUCGUCGCAAAGUCUGGUAGUCCUUACGCAGGUAGUGUGCAAGUUGGAAGGCCACAAAAUCAGGAUGUUUUCAAACCUUGGAUGAUAGGUCUUACUGAUUACGAAUACUCAUGGGAUUCUUUGUUAGUUAAAUGUAAAGCGAUGAUUAAUAAUCGCGCAAUAGUUACUCUAACCUGGAUAGUUAUGAAAUUAAAAUCUAGUACUGAAGCUCCUUAUCAUCCGACGUUAUGUUCUUUUAAAAAAGCGAAUUGUUUUUCAAAAAUGUACAACUGUAUGAACGAAAAAGGAUUAACAUACCGUGGAACAACAAAUCAUACACAAAGUGGACUUUCAUGUUUACCAUGGAAUGUAGAUCUAAUUGUGAAAAAAAUAUAUAAUCAAAUAGUAAAGGUAGAAGAAGAUAUGUUAACCCUAUUUAGAUUCCCUAGACUUGAUUUAAAUGCAUUAAACAACUUAAAAGGAGAAGCUAUUGGAAAUCAUAAUUAUUGUCGAAAUAAUAACAAUGGUGAUGCUCCUAGUUGCUAUAAUAGUAAUGGUAUUUUAGAAGUUUGUAAUAUACCACCAUGUUACGAUUGUAUGUUUGGCCGCGGAGGAGGUUACUAUCCAGAAAAUGUCGAGGCUCCAAUAUAUUAUGGUAAGACAACCAUAACUGCUAGUGAAAUAACUAAUGAUAAAGGAGAGCGAGUUCCUCAAGAGUGUUACAUUGGUGAAUCUGCCUGGUGGUCUCAAAACCGAUGUAGCCUGUAUAGUAACGUAAACGGUCGCCAACAAAAUCACGUGGAACCCAGCUGUUUAAUAGUAAAUGCCAAUAGAAAACUACCUUAUCCAGAAAACCCUUUUUGGGAAGGGUUUAGUUGGGCUAGAUGCAUAACUACACAAUGUGCUGUUAGACAGGUAUGGUUUGCAUUGGUUGAUUUAGAUGGUUUUAUACACCUCGACGAAAACAAUAAAGAUUUUAUUGAGAUACCUUUUGAAAUAGGAAAAAAUAGAGAUAUAUACUUUUAUCAUUUUGGGACAACCUUUUGUUCUUCAUUCACAUUAAUAGGAUAUGGUGCAACUAUUGAGUUUGUACCCCUUAUUAAAAUUGUCUGUAGAAACUCACCGGAAAAAUCGUCCUUACAAAUUAAAAAUCCUAUAAAAGAAUUUAGUGGACGAUAUACUCUUCAAUAUAUAUUCACCGAAGGUAACCCGUUAUUAGAAUUGAUAACAUUCAGUUUAAACUUUGAGUUAGUCGUACAAACAUCCAUUACUAUAGUAUUAAAUGAAAUAUUUUAUUGCCCUGGCUAUUCUACAUUUGUCGAUGCGAAUGUUUUUGGUACAAACAACAUUAAUCCAGACCUAAUUCAAUGGCUAUUCACAAAUGAUAAUAUUACCUGGUACGAUGUUAUUACUAAGCCUGAGAGCUUUUUUGUGUCCGCUACAGGCUUGACAAUAAAAAUAUCAAAAAUAACAAAAGUAACAUCCCUUAAAGUGAAAGCCACAGUUUCAUCUGGUGAUAUUGAAUCUAUCCAAAACAUAAAGUUUCUUAGUAAGUUCACUCAUUUACAUUUAACAACAAAACUGUUUUAUGUUUUUAUUGACGUAAAAAUAUUGUUUUUUUUCCACUUAGAUACGCCAUAUUUGUAUCAAGAUAUUAACACUGUUGAAGGAACAAUCGGAAAAGAUAUUACAUUAAAAGUGAAACAUAGACCAAACUCAGUUAUACGAUGGCUAUUUGGAUACCGAUUACUUGAAAAGAACGAUAUAUAUUCAUUCUCAAAACUCACAAUUGACAGUCAAUUCUCAAUGACAUUAUUAAAAAUUGUUAAUUUAGAUAAAAGCGUUGAAGGAAUUUAUUCGGCUGAAGCUACUGAAAAUAAAUGUUCGUCAUCCGUUAGUUUUUACCUGACUGUAACAAGUUAA